AUGAAUCCACACUGCCUAUUCGUUUUUGGGUUUCUCACACCGGACCCUAGAAGACGCAGCUAUAUCACCACACAAUCUGUGAAACUGCAAUUCAAUGAUGAAUGUGAUAAGAACAGUUCCAUAAAGAUUAGAGAUGCAUGGGAAGAUGCUACAAAGUUGGCAAAGAACGUUGAAACUAUCAAUUGGGAUGAUGUUGCUGCUCAUGAUUUUUUUGGUCCCUCAAUCUUGAUCAAAAACCAACAAACUAGAAUUCAAAAGGUCUUCGAUAGUGUAGCCACUUUUGGCCAAGCAAUGAAUGCACCGGGAUUUUCGAAUGUGACAGUUAAUAUAGCUUGUUCUCCCAAGUAUAAAGAACUGGAUAAUAAGUGCAAGAAUAACACCGGUAUCAGGGCACACACCUGGAAUACCGCCAAUUCCGACGGCACGGGAGGGAAGGUGACAAAGCAUAAUUCAACUAUCAACAUGGUGAUAUGCAAUUAUUUUUUUGGUUUUGAGACGCUCGCUGGGAGUCUAGAUGCUUCAGCAAACUUGGAAUAUCCCGAGAAGUACAAUCUCGACUCCUACAGAAACCGGGGAUACAUAAUUCUCCACGAGCUUAUGCACGGCGAUAGAGCAACUUUUGAAGCAAAUGCAGGCUUUCACAUUAGCGACUUGGAAUUCCAUGUCCAUUACUACGAGCAUACGGAGAAGAAGUUAUUUGAGAGAACUUUCAACCUAACAAAUGCAUAUGGUGCCUUGAACACCAGAAUUCUUGCCCAUGCUUCGACAGAAUAUAUUGGCAGUUACACUGCAGAUAAUGCGGACAGCUUCGCCCAGUAUGCACUGGCAAAAUAUGUGCAGAAGAAAAUUAACGCUUAUCCGUGGCUUCCAUUUGCAGAAGCCAAGGUAGUAGGCGAUAUAAAUCGAAAAAUGGGUUCGAUGAUAGUCACCGAAGAUACUGGAAUGAGGCUCAUUGGGGACAACAUUAAACCCAGCUGCACGGAAGGCUGCCCAGAUAAGGAGGAUCUAAACUUUAGGACUGAAUACGCUGGCAUUCCCGAAAUUCCUCCCGCAAAGAAAGAUGAAGCAGAUGGGGAAGAAAAGUCGCUGGUUGGCUAA